AUCUAGAUGGAAAAGAACAGUAUAAACGGGGAAAAAAUAGAACCAGCCAUUGUUCUUGGAAAAGAAUUUGAAGAAUAUGCAGCUAUUUUUGAUAAAUAUAAAGAUAUAGAAAUAUUCGGGGAAACAGGUUUACUUUCUAAGUAUUAUAUGUAUGGACAAGAAAGGCUGGAUACAUUGAUGGAGUCAGAAGUAGAGGAAGAUUGUCCAGAGAUUGAGCAAUGGGAUUUAGAAUGUAAGACAUGGGAUCUUAUUCAGAGAUUAUAUUCUCAUCGUAUACAAAAAUCAUAUGAAUUACCUAAUGUUCAUGAAUAUUCAUCAAAUGUUGUUUUGGAAGAGGCAUUUUAUAUUCAAAAUCCAAAUGCAAUGGAAAAUACGAUUAUAUUGAAUUGGUUAAAAGAUAUUUUUUUGGAGCCACCAUUAUUAGAAAUAACAGAGAAAAAAUGGCUAUAUACAAGGGAGAAUAUAAGAAUGAAAAGGUUACAAGGAAAGUCAUAUAAAGAAGAUGAAUUAAUUGAUGAAUUGGACCCUGAUGCACCUACAAGACAACGAAAAUUUUUGGAUAAUAGAGAUUCCGAAUAUGAACGUAAAUUUCUUCGUAAUUUAUUUUUACUUAUAAGAUGUGGAGAUUUCGAUAAAGCAUGUGAGCUUUGUAAAGAUACAGGGAAUUUUUUGAGAUCAGCUAUUCUUCAAGGAUGUAUUGAAUACAGAGAUCCAUUGAUUGAUGAAAAUAAUGUUGAAUUGGGCGUUAUGGGAACUAAAAGAAAACAACUUUGGAAAAAGAUGUGCUAUCAAUUGUCUAAACAUACAGAUUUAGAUCCUUAUGAAAGAGCUCUAUAUGGAGUUUUGUGUGGAGAUCUUCAAUCAGUGCUUCAAGUUUGCGAAACAUGGGAAGAUUAUUUAUGGGCUCAUUAUAAUUCUAUUUGUGAACAUCAAAUAACUAUGAAUCUUAAACAGCUUGGAAAAAUUAAGCAAUCUCAUGAUCUAGUUAUUCCAAAUAUUGAUUCGAUUUCGAUAUCUUCUGUUUUAGAAAGUUUAGCUCAUAGUGAUAAUGAAUUAAUAAGAGAUUCUGCAAAUGAACCGAUGAGAAUUAUUCAAUCAAAAAUUAUAACAUCAAAAAUUAAUGAAUUAAUUUUGAAUCUUAAUAUUCAAUUGCAGGAUAUCCGAAAUGGAAUAAGUCCUGUUGAUGUAACGUCAAUUCCGUCUUUUUUGAGAUUUGUUGUUCAUUUUAUUUUAAUGUUAAAACAAACAAAUAUAGCAAUUGAUCAUAAUAAUUGCAAUAAUUUAAUACAAGCCUAUAUAGAAUUAUUGGCUGCUGGCGGUAAACAAGAUAUUAUUCCAUUGUAUGUUGCUCAACUUCCUCCUGAUAUGUCUUUGGAAAUUUAUGCAAAAUUUUUAAGUAAUAUUGAUGACGAUCAAGAACGUGUCAAUCAACUACGUUUAUCUUCUAAAUAUAAACUUGAUAUAUUAAAUUCAUUGAGAAGGACUGUCGAUAUUGUGUAUUCUGAAGCAUUAAUCAAAGAUGAUAUUUUUACUUCAUUUACUGGCGAAUUAACUCCUAUUACAGAUACUCCAUCUGAAUGGGAUUUACAUCAAAUUAGAGCUUUAGAAUGGAUGAAAUCUUCUGAAGAUCUCAAAUAUGAUAUUAUUUUUAAAGGAAAUAUUCUUUAUAGACGUUUUCUUCUAAAAGGAAAAUUAAAUGCUGCUCAAGCAUUGAAUUUAAGAUUAUCUUCAUCAAUACUAAUAACCAAGGACAUGGUUAAAAAUGAUGAUAGUCCUGGAAACGAUAAAAAAUUCAGACAUGCUGUUGAAUAUUUAGGCUAUUCCUCUUUAUGUACUGGAUAUAUGAGAUAUGAAAAUUGGAAAAAUAUCAUGUCAAAUAGUCAAAAUGAAUCUAAAAAUAGAAGCGAUUUUUCUGGAAAAAGACAAUGGAAAUUAGAUCUUCAAAAAGCUGUAGAAGAAUGCGUAUCAACAUUUCAUGAAUUCAUUCAAGGAAAUUGGUUACAUCCUGAUACUCUUUUUACAUCAGAAACGGAAGAUCCAAUCAUCUACAACGAACUCGUAAAAAUAAGAAAUAUCUACAUCCCUGAUAUCGUUUGUCUUUUACAUAAUGUUUAUUACGAAACUCAUACUUUUUUUCCAAGAAAUCUUCUUUCAUGUUUGGAACUAUGCUCUAUUGUUGCUGAUCAUGAUAAAAAAAUUUAUCUUUCAUUUUUAUCUUGUCAACGAAUGCCUCAAUAUUUAAAAUUGGUACGAAGCGCUUCUAUUGCUAUACUCGCUUCUCAUAAUAAUUCUAAACCAUUCUUUUCAAAUAUAUAAUCUUUGAUUUCAUACAUUCUUCUUA